AGGAAAUCGACGAGCAAGAGCGCCUCCUUUCGAUUUUCAAAUUACACGAAUUUCAAUUUGUGUCUUCUCACGUGCUUUUACCGAAGUUUUUGUCAUACAGUUGGAGUAUUUUGAAACUCUUGCAUGUUAUACUUAUGUUGGAGAAGGAAAGUUACCUAAUGAUCCUAAAGACCUUCCAUCAGCUGAAGAGGCAUUAUCUGAUCCUUACUUCACUGGCUUGGCGAACAUGACUGUGAACCAUCCACUCAACCCAUUUCAAAACUUGAGUUUGAAUUUGAGAGAAGGAAAUUGACCAAAGAUGAUGUAGAGCAUUUUCUGGGAAUUAAGAGGAAAGCUGAACCAUCAAGCUCGGAUACCCCAAAAAAGCCUAAAUCAUAAUUCCUUGGUCUACUAAUUCUGAAGAGUUGAUUCAGUUACCAAAUGGAAAAAUCUCUUUUGAUUGUAGAAGAAGCAAACUUAUCAUCCAAAUCUUUUUCUGGAAGAGUUAGUGAUGAUAAAGCUAACAGAAGUGGAAGGAAGGGUAUGGUUCUUCCUUUUCAACCUCUAUCUCUCACAUUUGAUGAGAUCAAAUAUUCUUUAGACAUGCCACAGGAAAUGAAAAAGCAAGGAGUUUUUGAGGAACGUCGAGAACUUUUGAAGGGUGUUAGUGGUGUCUUUAGGCCAAGAGUACUAACAGCUCUGAUGGGUGUAAGUGGUGCCGGUAAGACUACAUUAAUGGAUGUUACUUUUGAAGUUGGCAGGGGAGCAAAUAUAUGCUGGUCCAUUAGGCCACCACUGUUCUGAUCUGAUUCUGUACUAUGAGGCGAAUUUAGUGCUAUUCAAGGAGUUCCUAAGAUCAAAGAAGGUUAUAAUCCUGCAACCUGCAUGUUGGAAGUUACAUCAGCAGGCAUAGAAGCAUCUCUUAAGGUCAACUUCACCAAUGUGUACAGAAACUCAAAACUAUACCGACAACUAUUUAUUUUAAUUAUGUCAUUCUCCCUAGCAGUUGAGGCACUUCAUGCAUUCAUACAAGAUGAAUCAGAGCACAAGUGAUUGCUAUUGGUGUCUUUAGUAAUAUGGUGCUAUCCAAUUGGCAAACCUCAUGAGUAGUAGAAGCAACAGUCAAGAGGGAAAGAACCAUGGCAUAUGCCUUCUCUCAUCAGUGGAGGGCCUGCUCUAGCCAAGGCCUAGGUAAUUAUGAACUACUUGGCAAAGCUAGUUGGAGUUGGAGCUAGAAGGAUCGUUGGGUUGCUGCACUGCCCACAUUCAAUUAUAAACUAUUCAACAAACUACACAAAGAAAAACCAAAAUUUGAAGUUUAUAAAUAAAUGAAACUCAGAGACCACAAGGCAGCGCACGCAAUUUCUCAAUCGUCCCUUCCAAAGGCAUAUUUUCUAAUUUGUGAUUGUAGGCAAUGGAACACUUGCAACUGAGCCAGACGUUAAUGUUUGCAUUGGCCCUCGUAGUAGUAGCUGUUGCACCUCAUCAAACCCUUUCUGCAAUACUAAACCAAAACCUCCCUGGCUGCAAUUCCACUUGUGGAAAUAUUGAAAUUCCAUAUCCAUUCGGUAUAGGCUACUCAUCUACACCCGAUCAACGACCCUGUUUCUUUGAGCCCAAGUUUAGUCUCACUUGCGAAAACUCCACAUUAAUAUGGGGUAAUGUCGAGAUUUUAAGCAUAAGCCUCCCAGCGCAGCAAAUGGACGUAUUGUUUUGGGUCUCACAGUUUUGCAAUGACACAAAUGACAACUUCCCCUGGAUGCAAACAUUCAACUUCAGCAUUUCAAGGAAGGAAAACAAGUUCAUGACCGUUGGCUGCGACAGUUUUGGCGUACUCAACAGUUUUUCCGACAAUAGCACAUAUUCAACUGGGUGUCUAACAAGAUGCUAUGGCAACGAGUUGAAGAUUGACGAUGGAACGUGUUCCGGAAUAGGGUGUUGCCGGAUGGAUAUUCCUCCUCGAAUGAGGGAUAUCGAGAUAAGAGCAUCUAUCUUCUCCAAUUCGAUGCCAGAGUGGGAAAACUGCAGCUAUUCCUUUGUUGCAAAACAAGACUCGUACAACUUUUCAACCUCUCAUUUGCGAGGGUUUCCACAGACGAGCUUCCCCUUGGUUCUUGAUUGGACCGUAGGACACCAAAAGUGUAAAGCAUCCGAGAGUAGAGACGACUACGCAUGCAGGAGCAAUAGCUAUUGCGAUGACACAGACUCUGACAUUGACUAUGGUUACCGAUGCAGAUGUAAGGAUGGCUAUGAAGGAAACCCAUAUCUUGGCUGCACAGACAUUGACGAAUGUAAGACAGGCAAUCAUACAUGCAUAAGUGAAAAAAAUUGUCUCAACUCCAAUGGAUCCCACCGAUGUUUCUGUCCAAAGGGGCAAUCCGGAAAUGGAACAAAAGGAGUAGGGUGCCACCAAAAAGAUUUAGUUACCAAGGUUGUCAUGGGAGUAGGAGCAGGAAUUUUUAUUCUAUUUAUGGGGACUACUUUAUUGUACUUGAUAUACCAGAAAAAGAAACUCAUCAAACUUAGAGAGAAAUACUUUCAGCAGAAUGGCGGUUCCAUUUUGCUACAGCAGCUCUCUAGAAGAGAAAAUUCAUCCCAGGUUACUCAAAUUUUCACAGAAGAACAACUAAAGAAGGCCACCAACAACUUCGACGAGAGCUUGAUCAUUGGAAGUGGAGGUUAUGGUACAGUUUUCAAAGGAUUUCUAGCAGAUAACAACAGAACUGUAGCUAUCAAGAAGUCAAAAAUAGUUGAUGAGAGCCAAAAGGAACAAUUCAUUAACGAGAUUAUUGUUUUAUCCCAAAUCAAUCACAGGAAUGUGGUCAAACUCUUGGGUUGCUGUUUAGAGAGAGAAGUUCCUUUACUUGUUUAUGAAUUUGUUAAUAAUGGUACCCUUUAUGAUUUUCUACAUACUGAAAGAAAGGUAAAUAAUGAAACUUGGAAAACCCGUCUGAGGAUAGCAGCAGAGUCAGCUGGAGCACUAUCAUAUCUGCACUCAGAAGCCUCAAUACCAGUUAUCCACAGAGAUGUGAAGACUGCUAACAUCCUCUUGGAUAACACAUACACUGCCAAAGUGUCCGAUUUUGGAGCUUCAAGGUUGGUUCCACUUGAUCAAACUGAAAUAGCCACAAUGGUGCAAGGAACUUUUGGCUACCUGGAUCCGGAGUACAUGCUUACAAGCCAACUAACGGAGAAAAGUGAUGUCUACAGCUUUGGGGUGGUGCUUGUAGAGCUGCUAACAGGGGAGAAACCUCAUUCUUUUGGCAAGCCAGAAGAGAAAAGAAGUCUUGCCAACCACUUUCUAUCUUGCUUGAAAGAGGAUCGCCUGUUUGAUGUUUUUCAAGUUGGCAUUGUGAAUGAAGAAAAUAAAAAGGAGAUCGUGGAGGUUGCUAUUCUUGCUGCAAAGUGCUUGAGACUCAAUGGAGAGGAAAGGCCUAGCAUGAAGGAAGUCGCAAUGGAGUUGGAUGCAAUACGGCAAAAGGAGAAGCACCCAUGGAUCAGUGGAGACCAAAAUAUCGAGGAGACCCAAUUCUUGCUUCAUGAUGCAUCAUCUAGCAUUUAUGCAGAUGGUGAUAGCAGCAGCCACCAAUAUACUACUGGGUAUGACAGCAUCAGGGAUCAUGUAUUAAUUGCAUUGGAUAAUGGAAGAUGAUUAUGGCAAGGCAGCAUACCCUCUAUUUCGUAUUUUUAUCAAAGUUCUGCUACAACAUUUGUAAUGUUUCUGAAAUCGUCUUUGCUCUUCUCAAGUGUAUGCAUGUACGUGUGUGUGUGUAUCUUUGUAUUCUAGUAUGUUAUGCGGAUUGGUUAGGAAAAUGUAGCCUUAAUAAUCUCUUAGAGCACAAAGCAAACAAAAAAAAGCCUACGGAGUCAAACUUCAAUCAUGAUGGAUCGACUGACGGUAUGUCUAGGCUUCUAAUACACGGCAUUCUUACCAAUAUUCAUGGCAUAAAGAACAUGAUUUUGUAGAAAAAUUAUCGAGUUCUACACAGUUACAUUCAUGUCUCUGAUGUACAUGCAAAUACAAAUCAUGUGUGAAAACCAUCAUUUCACUUUGUCAAAUCUAGGAAAACAAAAGCAAUAAUCAUUCAUUCUCUUCCCAUUAUUUUGCUAUGUUAUUCUAUAUGAAUUUCCCAAGACAGAAUUCUUCGUGGACACCUGUCAGUGAAAAACAAGAUGAGGGAAGAAUACUUGGGGAUUGUACUCGGUUCCGUAACUAUGAAGCAGAUUCAAGAACACUUUCAUUUUCUAUUCUGAAAGUGAGUUAAGAUUUGCAACAAGACUAAUGUGUUUGAUAGUCAAGAAUGAUAAAAAAGCAAAAUGUAAUUUGUAAAUAUCACUUCUUGGAGAAAAAAAAACUAAUUCUAUUAAUGUAAA